AUGAGUCUCAAGCGCAAGGCUGCUGAGGCCGCGACCGACGCGACGAAGAAACCAAAGCCAAAUGGAAGCAUCACAGCCUUCUUUGGCGCACCAAAGCCUUCGCCAAAUGCUAAAGCCGCAUCUGCUGCAGCUGCAAAGUUUGACAGAGACGCGUGGGUCUCAAAACUCACAGAAGAGCAGAGGGAACUGUUACAACUGGAGCUCGAUACCCUGCACGAGAGCUGGCUCCCAUCUCUCAAAGAUGUGCUUGUCAGCCCACAAUUUCUAGAACUCAAGAGAUUCCUGAAAAAAGAGCUCAGCAGCGGGAAGACGGUCUUCCCUCCCAUGAAGGACGUGUACUCAUGGUCACGACACACUCCUCUCAACACCGUCAAAGUCGUCAUCACAGGGCAGGAUCCCUAUCACGGUCCAAAUCAGGCUCACGGCCUCUCCUUUUCUGUUCGUCCUCCCACACCUGCGCCCCCGUCCCUCCAAAACAUCUACAAGGCUCUGAAGAAGGACUACCCUGAUUAUCAGCCCCCGCCAAAGAAGGGGGGUCUUUUGACGCCAUGGGCAGAUCGAGGAGUCCUGCUGCUGAACACAUGCUUGACUGUGCGCAAAGGAGAGGCGAAUUCGCAUCAGGGCAGAGGCUGGGAACUGCUGACACAGAAGAUCAUUGAUACAGUCGUGAAGGUGCGCAGCAACGGUGUCGUAUUCAUGGCAUGGGGCUCGCCGGCUCAGAAAAGAACUGUUGGCAUUCCUGUGGAUAAGCACUUGAUUUUGAAGAGCGUGCACCCAAGUCCACUAAGCGCAAUGAGGGGAUUUUUCGACUGUCAUCAUUUCACCAAGGCCAAUGAGUGGCUGGUGCAGCGCUAUGGCAAGGAUGGCGGCAUUGAUUGGGACCUCAACGUGGACCCCAAGGACGUCGUCGAGCCUAGGAAGACCGGUCAGCCCACCAAUCUAAAGGACAAAGCCGAGUCGAAAAAUGACGCGAAUGUGAAGGAGAACGAGGCACUGGUGCUGGACACGAAGACAGCGCAGGGCGAAGCCACUGAGAAUGGUGCCAGUGAUAUGGUCGCUGACCCCGAGGCGGAAAUCGAUUCGGAUGAGGAAGCCGCGCUAAGAGAAGCAGGACUCUGA